AUGUCUUCCGCGUCGGUUGGCCGGCCGGCCCCGGCCCCGGCCCCGGCCCCGGCCCCGGCCCCGGCCCCGGCCCCGGCCCCGGCUCCGGCCACGAAUCCAGCCCUGGCUCCCGCCCCGGCAGGGCUCUUCCCCGACGAGUCGGUCGACCUGGCCUCCGAGGAAACGUCCCUCUCGCCGCCACAGUCGUCACUCCCCGCACCGAAGACCCUCAACAGGGGCCUGCACUUUGGCCGGCCCCUGGGCUCCGGAGCCGGUGGCGGCUUCCUGGCCGGUGUCUCCGGCAGCGAUCGCACGGCCCCGACCUUCCUCAAAACCAAGGGCUUCAAUGCACCGCUGAUUAGCGGCAUCGGCCGUGCCGGCCGGCACGCCGGCCCGGAUGCCACCGCGAUCCGAGUCCCGACCGGCACGCCGGUUGCCUCGCCGGUCGUCACGCCGACCGCGGCCCCGGCCACCUCGCCGGCCGGCGCCCCGACCGGCGGCGCCAAGUCCGGCCCCGCCAGUGCUGCCAAUGCCUCCGGCGGGGCGUCCCCCAUGCUCGCCGGGCCCUGCCCCUCGGGCAUGAUCGCCGUCACCAUGACCAGCUCGGAUACCCUGUCCGGCCUGGCCUUGCGGUAUGGCAUGAGCCGCUCCGAGCUGAAGGAGGUCAACAAGCUCAUUUCCAACUUCGACCCCCCGCCCGGGAAGAUCCUCUAUGUGCGGGACCCCAAUUGCCCGGCGGGGUCGGCCGGCGGGGCGUCCCCCUCGCGCUCGCGCUCGGCCUCGGGCUCCGGCUCCGGCGAUGCGGCCGCCCCGGCCGCCGGCCGCGAGCGGAGCUCCCUGACGGACCAACUAAAAAAGCACCAGCCCGCCGGCUCGCAGCAGCCCACGGGCCUGGGCAUCGGGGGGGGCGCCGACCUGCAGCCCAUUCCGGAGGCCGCCGACACGGCCCCCGCGCCCCUGGGCCGCCACCUCCCCCCGGAGGAUGAUGACCUGGUCAUGGUGGAUGGGUGUCUGCCGGAGGUCUUUUCCGAGCGCGUGGCCCUGCGCACGAAUUCCGGCCCCCUGGCCGGGAUCCUGUCGCUGAAUGACGAUCGCCUGCGCUUCGACGCCUAUGUCGGGGCCCUGCCUCCGGCCGACAGCAUGGCCGGGCCCGGGUCCCGGCGGUCCUCCUUCGCCGUGUCCAUGACGGACUUCAUCAGCAUCCCCCUGCAUGCGGUGACCCACUGCCGCAUCAUGAACAAUGUGUCCGGCGACCGGUUCACGGCCACCUUCCGGGCCACGGCCGAUGCCAAGCGCAAUGCCGUCCUGGCGCGCACCUUCACCGAGAGCCUGGCCGGGUCGCCGAUGGCCUCCCCCCGGCCAAGUGCCCCGGCGGCCAUCCCGGCCUCGGCCGCCGCGGAUGGCGACCGGUCUGCCGCCAGCCAGGAGGGCAGCCCCGACUCGGCCGGUGCCGAGGCCGGCGGCACCACCGGCGGCGGCCACAGUUUCUCCUCCUCCUCCUCCUCCUCCUCCUCCUCCCCCCCGGCCACCCCGUCGCCUCCCAUGCUGACCCCUUCCUCCGGGGUGAUUGGCAUUGCCCCGGCCGAUGGGGGCGCCUCCUCGGUGCCUCCCUCGCGCGAUCCCUCGCAAUUGGACCUCUCCCUGGCCAUCGGCCCCUCCGGGGGGGGCCCCAUCUCCCCUGUGGACGAUGCCGGCCCCGGGUCGCCCACGGCGGGCACCUCCUCCAAUCCCAACAUGACGGUGGUCAUCCAUGUGGAGGCGGUUCUCUCCACCAUCGACUUGGCCCUCAUGGCUGCCGGCGGCGGGGAGGUGUCUUCGGCCCGGUCGCCUCGCGGGGUGCUCCCUGCGCGGUUUUCCUUCGGCAGCGCCGGGGCCCUCCCCGGGCGUAGUUCCUUCGCCCUGCCGGCGGACGGCGCGGCGGCCGGAGCCUCGGCCGUGGCCUUUUCCCCCCGGACGUCGCUCGGAUCGCCCUCCCUGUCGGCCGGCGGCAAUGGCGGCGGCGCCGGUGCCGGCAGCGGCAAUGGCACCGCGGCUUCCGGGGCCGGCUCCGCCACCGGGGGGGCCAUGCUCCCGGACGCCGGUCAGCCCUGGCCCUGGCGUGCGUUCACCUUCGUCGGCAAUCACUCCGGCACCUCCGGGUCGUCCGCCUCGCUGGAGGUCCAUAUGGAGUUCCUCGUGCCCCUCUCCCGGCUUCGGUCCAUCUACGACCCGCUGGUGGAGCGCACCAUCCUCAGUGACGGCUUUGCCCUGAAUGCCCCGAUGCCCCCCGGCAGCCCGACCAGCCUGAGCGUCUUCUCCAUCCCCGGGGCCGGGCUGGUGGCGGCCGGGGCCGCGGCCAGCGCGGCCGCUGCCCGGUCCGUGGUCGGGUCCCUUGGCGCGGCCAUUUCCUCGUCGUUGACCCGGCCCCGGGCCUUUUCCCUGGCUGGCGGUGCCGGGGCCGGUGGCGGUGCCGGCGGCCCGGAGCUCGCCGACCCGGCCGCCGCCGAUGCGGCCACCCUCUCGGACCCGGAGCAUCACCACCACCCGCGCGGCGGCCACUCCCAUGCCAAUUGGGAUGACCUCAGCGAUGUGGGGGACUUGCAGGCGGCCACGGUGGCCGAUCAGCAGCCGUCCUCCACGGCCGGCGGCCCGCCGGCAUCCCUCCUGGGCGGUGUCAUCCGCGGCUUGCGCACCAUCUCCUCCGGCAAUGGGCUUUUCUUCAAUCCCUCCGCCGGUGCUGGCGGCGGCAACGGCAACACCGGCCCCUCCUCGGAGCAGUCCCCCCGGAGCCCGCUCUCGCCGUCGGCGGUCUCCUCCCCGGCUGGCGGCCAGCAGCACGACCCGUCGGUGCUUGGGACCUCUUUCGGGCGCCAGCGCGCGCAAACCCUCGCCGCCUCGACCGGGACCGCCAUCCCCAUGUCGCCCGGCGCCGCUGGCGGGGCCAAUGGCGCCGGCCGCUUCGGCCUCUCCCGGUCACCGCUGCUCGAGUCCUCCGAGCAUUCGGUCCUGUCGACCUCGGCCCCCGAGUCCGGUGCCGGCCUCUUCCUGGGCGAUGACAUCUAG